AUGCAGGAGGAGUCCGGAGAGACGGUGAGCAGUGAAACCAAUGGGGUGGCUUUGUGGAUAUGCCCCCUGUGUCAACGAGGACAAACUGACAGAUCCUCCCUAUCUUUGCACCUUACAGAGCAACACAGGGUUCUUCCUUCUUGUGUUGAGAAGCUGUUGGACAUUGCCAGUCUAAGACAAGCAGCUCGAGCACAUGACGCCACAGGUGCUCAAAACUCUUCAGAAACACGUGAAGACAAAGAAAUGGAGGAGGAGAAAGUAAUGGAUCAGGAAAAUGGGGAAUUGCAGCUCAAGACAGAAGAGGAGGGACGGCACCUUACAGCAGCCAAACGCCAAGCUACAUCUAGGAUGAAGACUGGCCGGGACGCCGACUCACAAAGUCCCCCAGUUCCCGUCCUAUCACGGCCAUUUGUAUCAAACAAACCCUACCAGUGUGCUACAUGCAGAGUCUCCUACAACCACGCCAUCACUCUCGAGAGCCAUAUGAAGUCUGUCUUGCAUCAAACGCGAAGUAGAAAUGCAGGAAUAGUUGAAAAUGUGGCAAGCAAAUCUGGGAACAGUCCGUUGGUCACAGCUGCUCCUCCUGCCGGUUUACUGGUGUCCUCUGCAAAAGACGCAGAGCAGAUUCAGACUUCACAAGUGGCUCCCUCUUUGCUCACCUCCCCUGUGGCUUCAGCGCAAGCCGUCUCUGCCUUCCUCACUCUAUUAACAUCCAGCCCGAACACUCUGUCCCACUCCAUCCUGCCUUCCCUCUUUGCUGCCGGUGCCACUGGUGCCGCGGCACCACAGCUCGUGCCUCAGCCUCAAAUGGUCAUGCCCUUUAUUUUGAACGGGCUCCAGGCUCAAACCCAGCAGCUCCCAGAUAACCAGCAAAGUCCUCUCCUGACACAGUGCGUGCCAUUCUUGGACCUGGAUGAUGGUAAAGCAGUGAGCCUGGCCCUCUCCCCAGCAGGUGCAGACAAGAGCCUCCGCAAUAACCACCUCUCGCCUUCUGUAUCCAUGCCCAGCAACUCCAGUCCGAGUCCGGUCCAUUUUAACCUCACACUAAGCCCUGAUUCUACCCCUCAAAAAUCACAGUCGGAGUCUCGUAGUGAAGCUGAUGCGGCAAGUCCUCCUCGUGAUGACUGUGAGGCACUAGGCAGAGAGGUGGGGUUAUCUGAGGAUGAGAGUGAGCCAGUACCUGUGAAGGAGGUGAAGGAGGUGAACAAAGUAACUAUGGUGAAGAAAAUCAUCCCAAUUAAACCGAAGGAGGUACUUCCCUCCACUGCUGUGCUCGCUCCCUCUGCCGCGCCAAAGAUCAAGCUUGAGACCACCAGCAAUGUUACAAUGGUUAAAGCUCCUCCCAAAGUCAAUGACCCUGUCGUUUUGCUACCGCCUAAAGACCCCUCUGUAGUGCCACGACCAGCUGAAAAGAGAAAACUAGAGGUGAGUGAAGAGGAAGUGACGGAUGAUGAAAAAGAUGAAAACCAAACCGCUCUUGGACCAGGAAGCGUCAACCGCAUGGUGCCCAAGAUGCCCACGACACCAAUCAACAACAGGCCUUCUGCCACCACUACCGCCAUCGCUGUCUCGCAGAAGCAGAACGGAAUCAACUAUUGGACACCGAAACUCCCCAUUAAGAUAAACACUUUGUCAAGAGAGCAGCUUGCACUUCCAUCUCACCCGCCGCCUCGUUGCCUUGCUCCACCCCCCACACCCACGAUCGCUCCGGUCAGCCCAAACACGCCCAACCCUGCAAAAGUGACCAGUUCACACAGUCUCACUCCAGUUGCUAAAUCUAGUCCGACAGAGAUGUUUUUGUCCCACUCUUCAAGCCGCAGACCACGCACUCACCUGUCCUGCCUGCAGCUGUCAAUCCUGCAGUCGUGCUACGAGACCUGCGCGCACCCAAACUGUUUGGAGUGUGAAGCCAUCGGCGCAGAGCUCAACCUGCCGCUCAAAGUGGUGCAGAUCUGGUUCCAAAACACACGAGCCAAGGAGAAGCGCUGGAAACUGCAGCAAGAGAAAAUGACAACCCCUACAGGUGAGAAGAUGGACACAACUUCAGGAAGCUAUCUCCAGUACAGCGCACUCAAAGCUAAUCGUCCCAUUCUUCCAAAGCCGGUGCACCUCACCACCAAUGUUCCUGCUUCUUCCAUAGUGGGCGGGCAGUCAACGAAAGAGUGCCUCACAGGGCACUGCGACGCUUGUGAUGUGUCUUUUGAUUCUCGGGCUGCAGCAAGAGAGCAUGUCUUCUCCCAGCACCACCUGGCCAUUCUGAAAACCACUAACUUUGGGCAGCCAGUGCCUCUCGUCAAUAAAAACGGUGCCAGUAACAGUGGAUCCAGCGCUGGGUCUGGAGCGACUCCGCAAACGGCCACCAGCAGCAACAGCUAA